AUGGGGCAGCAGUUCAGCUGGGAGGAGGCAGAGGAGAAUGGCGCGGUGGACGUGGCGGAGCUGCAGGAGUGGUACAAGAAGUUUCUGGAGGAGUGUCCCAGUGGCACGCUCUUCCUGCACGAGUUUAAGCGCUUCUUCAAGGUCACGGACAACGAGGAGGCCACCCAAUAUGUGGAGGGCAUGUUCCGAGCCUUCGACAAGAAUGGGGACAACACCAUUGACUUCCUGGAGUACGUGGCAGCUCUGAACCUUGUGCUGAGGGGCACCCUGGAGCACAAGCUCAAGUGGACCUUCAAGAUCUACGACAAGGACCGCAAUGGCUGCAUCGACCGCCAGGAGCUGCUGGACAUCGUGGAGUCCAUCUACAAGCUGAAGAAAGCCUGCGGUGUGGAGAUGGAGGCUGAGCAGCAAGACAAGCUGCUCACGCCCGAGGAGGUCGUGGACAGGAUCUUCCUUCUGGUGGAUGAAAAUGGAGAUGGCCAGCUAUCCCUGAAUGAGUUCGUUGAAGGUGCCCGUCGUGACAAGUGGGUGAUGAAGAUGCUACAGAUGGAUCUGAACCCCAGUAGCUGGAUCUCUCAGCAGAGGCGGAAAAGUGCCAUGUUCUGA